UGCGCUUCGCCAAUUUGCUACGCCACAGGAUGCUCUGUGUGAGGCGAUUCCGAUUUUGCAGACCGCUCGUGAAUGACUGACGAUCACUACAGGCAUCAGUGUGUGUGUGUGUUUGUGUGCGCUUCUUUUGCGUAUUUUCUCUCUGCGCGAGCGGUUCCCUUUGCGCGCAAGUGCAACGCAUACGCAAACAGGCACCCACUCUUGUCGUUCUAUCAACUAGCGCGCGGCCUCCAAUGCAUCCGACACCGGGAGAAGAGUAUCACGCAUCAGCGCUGGAUGACUAGAGGAGCUUAAAUUGGAAGGUGAUAAGAUUAGUCCCUUUAAGUCCUCCCUGUCGCCAUAUUCAUUGAAGUGGCAAUUCAACUGUGCGUUGGGUGCGUUUCUGCUGUGUUGGGGAUUAUUGCGUGAUGGAGUGUUCGGUAAAGGAUAAAACGAUCGUAGUAACCGGUGCCGGACAAGGCAUUGGAAAUGAGCUCUGCCGGUCGUUGGACCAGCUCGGCGCUAAGGUGAUCGCCGUAUCGCGUUCCAGUGGGCCGUUGGAAGAGUUGAAAGCCGACUGUCCGCGGAUUGAGACGGUCCAGGUCGAUCUCAGUGACUGGAGCGCGACCAGGACUGCCCUUGCGCCGCUCGGAAAGGUCGAUGGGCUGGUAAACAAUGCCGGUGUUGCAAUCAUAAAGCCAUUUCUCGAGCUAACGGAGGAAGAUUACGAUCGCACAUUCGCUGUAAAUGUAAAGGCCGCUUUCAAUGUCGCCCAAAUUCUGGUUCCCAAAAUGGAGGCCGGUGCGAGCAUCGUAAACGUAUCGUCCCUCGCGGGGCUGAAAGCCAUCCACGGCCACUGCGCUUACUCCAUGUCGAAGGCAGCCAUCGAUGGUUUGACGCAGAAUUUAGCCCUCGAGCUUGGGCCGCGCAAAAUCCGCAUCAACAGCGUCAAUCCGACCGUCAUUCUGACGCGCAUGGGACGGGACAAUUGGUCCGAUCCGGCGAAGGCGGAUCCGCUGAAGGCGAAAAUUCCGCUCGACCGGUUCGGGGAGGUUAGCGAGGUGGUCGAACCGAUCGUCUAUCUGCUGAGCGAUCGGUCCGGGUUCGUGAACGGACACAUGCUGCCGAUCGAGGGUGGAUUUUUGGCCGGGAAUUGACUUUCUUCCAGUAGGAACAAACCAUUCCAAUGUAAAGAAUACAAGCGGGAGGGAUAUUAGUUUUAUCAUUUCAAAUCAAAGUUUAUUUUCAUUGCAUGGUGUGUGUGUGUUGGCGGACAUUUGCGGUCGCGUAACAGAUGUAGGGGAAAUGAGAAUUCAUGAAAUAAAAGCAUAAAUAUAACGCUA